AUGACACCGACUUGCGUGUUCAUCGCUGGAGACCCCCGCUCGUCACUCGAGAAGUUUUUCAGUGAUUUAAGCAUUGAAAUAAUCAAAAUUAAUACAUAUUUUGUAACACUUUCGUUUCCUUUUUUCUUUUUUCGUUGUUUUCUACGUUUGAUUGCGUUUUCACUUUCGCUCUUUCAUUUCCAUAAUUACUUGCCACUUUUCUUCUUCUUUUCCUAUUACGUCCUUUCUUUUCUUCUUUUCUUCUUUUCUUCCUUUCAUCCUAUUACGUCUUUUCUUUUUCUUUUCUUCUCUUCCUAUUACGUCCUUUCUUUUCUUCCUCUUUUCUUUCUUUUCUUCCUCUUUUCUUCUUCCCUUCCUAUUACAUCCUUUCUUUUCUUCUUUUCUUUUUUCUUUCAUUUUUUUCUUGUCUUUCUUUUCUUCCUAUUACGUCCCUUCUUUUCUUCUUUUCUUUUUUCUUUCUUGUCUUUCUUUUCAUCCUAUUACGUCUUUUCUUUUCUUUUUCUUUUCUUCUCUUCCUAUUACGUCCUUUCUUUUCUUCCUCUUUUCUUUCUUUUCUUUCUCUUUUCUUCUUCUCUUCCUAUUACCUCCUUUCUUUUCUUUCUUUUCUUCUCUUCCUAUCACCAUCCUUGUCUUUCUUUCUUUCUUUCUUCCUCAAACACUCUUUCUGUCUUUCUUCCUCAAACACCCCUUUCUUUCUUUCUUUCUUUCUUUCUUUCUUUCUUCCUCAAACACCCCUUUCUUUCUUUCUUUCUUUCUUUCUCAAACACUCUUUCUUUCUUUCUUUCUUUCUCAAACACUCUUUCUUUCUUUCUUUCUUUCUUUCUCAAACAAAAUUUUUUCAAAUUUUCUUUCUUUCUCAAACACCCUUUCUGUCUUUUUUUCCUCAAACACCCUUUCUGUCUUUCUUCCUCAAACACCCCUUUCUUUCUUUCUUUCUUUCUUUCUUCCUCAAACACCCUUUCUGUCUUUCUUCCUCAAACACCCCUUUCAUUUUUUUUUCUUUUUUUUUUCUCAAAUAUUCUUUUUCUUUCUUUUUUUUUCUCAAAACACCCUUUCUCAUCCUUGUCUUUAUUUCUUCUUUCUUCUCUUUUGUUUUUUUCUCUUUUCUGUUUCCUUAACUAUCUAAUUGUUUCCUUUCUUCACGUAAACUUUCUUCUUCUUCUUCUUCUUUGUCGUGUAAAAUACCUUGACGAGUGCCCUAAAGAACCAAAAGUUCCCAUCUACCUCCUGGUUGGUGGUUCGUUCGGCGUUCUCAAACUGAUCUUAGUGCUAUGGCGCCAGGUGAAAUACCAUCGUUAUGAGUACGACGACCACUUCACCGAUCCGAGCACCCUCUUCUCGGCGUCUCACGUGACGCACUGGGCGUUGAGUGUGUUCCUCGCCAUCUGGUUCGCGUUCGGCAAUUACUGGCUCUACUCGAUAUGGAAACCGCAUUUCAACGCCCCGCUGCACGAACCACGCAACUGGUGCUCAGAGACUGUUUUUCGCUUCACCUUCUGGCAACUGGUCACAUGUCACAUCUUGGUCGGCUGCUUUCUCCUCCUCACCUUCACACUCCUCAUUUCCUACAGAUGCUACAAAAUUUGCAAAAUGGAGAAGAAUUAA